AAACGAAGAAUCAAUCGUGAAAUUCAAACCGUUAAUUUCAGUCGGUUUCACAAAGAAUACAAUGAAUUUUCGAAAAUCACGCGAAAACUCACGACACGGCCUCCGUAAAGCAGAUCCAACUGUUGUAUACACAGAUGCAAUGAAUUUGUUUAAUGCAAGCAGCAAAGGGAAAAAAAGGAAAAAAGCAAUAAACUUGUGAUUUGUGAACAGAGACGCACACACACAUUGACAUGAAUCGCGCACAUCGACCGUAUUCUGACAAUUGCCGAAAGAGACGAAACAACUAAAUAUACACAUACUGAGAGAGACCUCAAUCGAAUGUAUAUAUAUAUACAUAUAUGUGUGCUUCAGUGACAGUAUUGUGAAGCACAGUACAAAUAGAGAAAAAAAACUCAGUCUCUCUUUUUUUUAAUCGUGUUAAUAUGUAAAUGGAAAUGCACAGAGACAAACAGCUCGAUUGGGUUAUUCGUGGAUUAAAACAAGCCGCUAAUCACUUUUUAUAAAAUAUGAACUACACCUGAUCGGGUCUUAUUCGCAAAUAAAUUAUUGGAUUUACCUCUUGACCAAAGCCCAUGAAAAUUGACAUUUUUUUUGUCUACACAAAAUUGGCAGCAGAUCUCAGAACUUCAUGAAUGGAACAACCGAUCAGAUUUAUCGCAUUUGACGACAUUUAUCAGAGAGCCCAUUUCCAUUUUGGUUGCUGUCAUUAUUCGCUGCAUUGGCCAAAUAUCUGCAUCGAUAUAAGAGACCAGUUUUUUUUCUGCUUCUGUUCAUCGUGGCUGUCGUAGUCGUGCAUUCUAAUUUCCUGAAACAACAUACGAGCGAGAUAGAGACAGAGAGAAAGAGCAGCGAGUGAAUUCAAGUGAAAUAGUGUACAAAAAUUUAUGCAUUGAAAGUAAAGGAAAAUUUAUUACGAAAUAACGGGCAUACACACGGAACGCAAAGCACAAUUCAUUUGUAAUUCCAGAUAAGCAAGAAAAAAUUGCAAUUUUGUCUCUGUUGUCUUGUUUAGUGGCCGAAAAGUUUUUUUUUUGCGAAUGAAGAGUUUUUCGUGUAAAGUGUGUAAGCAUAUGCAGCGCAUAUAUGUGUGCAUAUACGAUUGAGUGCGCCGAAUGCAAUCAUCAUCCCGUCAAACAUUAGCAAUAAGAAAAUACUGAACAAACAACCUUUGAACACAUAGGUUUUAAUCCAUUCGAAAUGGAACGAUGUACAGACAUUCGGUCGUCAACACCUCCACUCAAAACAAUACCAAUCACAUCCAAAUCGAAGGAGAAUGGAAAACAAUUCGAAACAUCAUUGUAUGAUAAGGAAGAUCAGGUCGACAUUUGUCGACCAAUGUCAUCCACAGCAGACGAUACGUUGUACGUAUCAUUAACGCCGCGUGCAUCAAAAUCAAGUGUCCUUUGUAAUUAUGAUUCGACGUCAGAGGAAGAAGGUGAAGUGACGGAAAGCAAUUCAAAAUCCAAAUCAGAUCGCUGCGAAAGCACAAAAUCAUCUGUGAUCAAUGAAAAAAUUCGAAAGUCUGAGGAGCGUGACCGAAAACAUCGCCGGGAUAGACGGAGAAGCAGGGACUCUUCAUCCAGAAGAAAAAGUAAGGAUCGCAAACCUCGACGUAGUUCAUCAAGGCAUCGUAGCAAAGAAUAUCACAAUAAACGAAGGCGAAGUAGGUCAAAAAAACGGUUUAAUGAUUCAAAAGAUGCUUUUCUGUCCAAAGAGCCGCUGAAAAAUAGAGAAAUGCGUCGAACGAUUGCCGAACCAGUUAUCGAGUAUUGCGAAAAUGGUCGAUAUCCGUGCAGUUGGCGAAAUCGACUAAAUCUUGAGCCGAAACAAAAGGUGCGCCGUACAAAUGAUACGGCUGUUAUGCAUACGGUAAACGUUGUUAAAACUUAUGAUGAAGAUGAAGAAGAGGACAGUACGUCAGAGCAAAUUGCCAAAAAUGCCACAGAACAGUGUUCAACAAUUCCGGAUCGAAAAUGUGUCGAAACUCUGGAAAAUGGUUCUUCUUCACCCAGCAAACUGAACAAAACCAGCGACGACUGUUUUAAGUCGAUCGCCGACAAUAAUGUCAAAAUGGUGGAUAAAGUAAGCGAACAAAAUGCCACGGAAGAUGUUUUAAGCAGCGAACAGGAUUAUUUGCCAUCAAAUAGUCAGAGACCUGUAAAUUCUGAGCAAUCUCCGAACCAACAACAUGCCGCAAAUGAAUGUGAUGUUGGAACACCGAACAAAACCAAUUCGCCAUCGCAUGAAUCCAGUGAUAAUAUGGACGUAACGUCAACUACUCAAGAACCUCCAAAAACGCCACCCAUCACCAUCAUCAGUAAAAAGACGACCGAAUCGAUAUUGUCCGAGGAUAAGAUGAAACAAUAUAUCGAUGAAUAUGAUAGCUUUAUUCAGCAAGUGUCAUCACCACUCAAUGAAUCACUGAAAACGAUUGAAUUUGAUGCAAAUAUCGCAGCACCAGUGUUACAAACAAACCAAAGUACAUCCGAUUCGAUGGCACAGGAAUCGACAGAUCUGGCCAACGACAAAGAUGUACGCAAAAAUGAAGUGUCAUCAACGUCUUCCGCACAGCAAAAAUACCAAAUGAAAACGAACAAACAACAGUCAUCAUCGUCAUCCAGUUCGGAGAGUAGCAGCUCAAGUGAUUCGUCGUCAUCAUCGUCGAGCUCAGACAGCAGCAGUUCAUCAGAUAGUUCGUCAAGUUCGACUUCAGAUGAUGACAGUAGCAAUGACGAAUCACCACGCCGGCGACGACGACGUCGACGAAAAUCCAGUUCGAAAAGUAGCUCAUCGCGAUCCGCUUCAAAGUCACCACGCAUACGGUCUUCAAAAUCAAGCUAUCUUGAUUCAUCAAAAGCGUCCCACACCAAUGUGGAUGGUUUGGAUUUUACCGUUGGAAAUGAUAAAACCUAUACUAAUGGUAUCGAAGCGUCUAUCAAACCGAAUGCAUUCAUAAAAAAUAUGAGUUUUGCGGUCGAUACACUGAAAAAUCUGGAGAAACUAAUUGAUUCCGACGAUGAAGAUGAUUUGUUGCGUAACCUUGAGACAUACAAGAAUCAAAUGAACGAAAUAAAAUUGGCGAAAAAAGCGGCCGAUCGAUCAAAACUCGACGAAACACCAUCGAAUGAAAACAGUUUCAAUGACAGCUCAAAGAUUGUCGAAAAUGGCGCUCUGGUGCACGAAAGUGAACGAAAGAAAAUCUCGUUAAAAUUGAAAUCAACAACAACAACAUUAAAGCAACAAUCGAAAGAGUUGAACGAGUCAUUCCUUGAUGACGGACACGAGGUGCAAGAGGAAAAACCAGAGCAGAAUCAGGGGCAAGAAUUGUCAAUUCGAAGCGAAACCGAUAAUAAAUUGCCAUCAGCUUCAAAUCAUCACAACGAACUAAUUGAGAAACGAUUGAGUGAGGGCAGCACCAGUAUGACAUCGUCCAAAAAGAAAAGUAGUCACCGAAAAGAUGACCGCAAAUCGCGGCGUAGUGAAGAUCGAAAAACACGGCGCAGUGAGGAGAGAAAUUGUUCGAAACGAAGUGAAGAACGAGACCGUCGGUCUCGGCGAAGUGAAGAACGAAAAGAGGAAAAGCACUCAAAACGAAGCGAAGAAAAACGUUCUCGCCGAAGUGAGGAGCAUCGUUCAAGGCGUAGCGAAGAGAGACGAUCACGGCGUUGCGAUGAUGAAAAACGGCCACGCCGCAGUGAAGAGAGACGGUCCAAACGAAGACAUGAGCGUUCGCCAGUCAGUCCCAGCCACUAUCGUGAUUCAUAUUACUCGCCACCGUAUCGAAAUCGGUCAUUGUCACCACUGCCACGUGGACCGCGCACACCACCAAAUACUCCGCCGCCAAAUGCCACCGAAUUCGAUGAGUUCCGCUCGGAUGAUAUGGCCAUGCGGCACAUGCCACCGUACGGUAAUGCAUCGAUGCCACCACCAGCAGCUCAUUAUCAACCCGGUCCCAAUCAAUUCACGGCGCCCAAUCUACCACCGAAUGUGCCAAACUACAUGAACGAAUAUGCGGCAUAUAUGCAUCCCAAUCGUGUGCCCAUACCACCGCUACAAUAUAAUCGCCCUCCGCCCAGCAUCAACACACCAACCGGAAUGAUGCCAGGUGCCAACAGUGAAUACUAUUAUCACAAUUCGUCGUCGCACGCACCACUAUCGCAGCAGCAGCAACAUCUAUCAAACCAAUCGAUUCCAUCAAAUUCAUACUCAAACCUCAUCGAAGUGUCACCGUAUGGUACGCCGAAUUCAUCAAAUGUCGAUUGCAUUCGAAAGCAGUCGGAAAAUCGUCGCAAACCAACAAUUGCUGUACAAAAAGGUAAUGUGCUGGAGAUUGUGCCAAGUGCCGAGCCUCAGUGUGAUCGAAAUGCCCAUUCGGCCGAUAUCGAGAAAUCGAAUCGAGUGCUGGCAAUCGAAAAACAACAUCAGCAGGCGUUGUUACGUCAAAAACAGGAUCGCCUCAAACGCAAAAUGGAACGACACCAAAAACGAUUGGAUCGAGCAAAACGCAAGGAAUAUCUUUUGAAUGAAUUGAACCGAUUGAGUCAUUUGAUGACCGUUGGUGAUGAUGGGAAAAUUGUUAAGGCCAGCGAAAUACUGAAAUCGAUUACAUUCGAUGGCACCAGCAUCAAAUUGGCCAAUGCCAAAGAAUCCGACGAAAAUGACGAGCAUGAAGACAUUUACAUUGAACCGCCAAUACAUUCGUAUAAUCCUGAAGCCCAAGUCGGUCGGAGCAUUCUGUCGGAACGAAACCGCAAUGAAAAAACCACAACCAAGGAACAAAACGCACAAAAACGUCGAGGCGUUCUCUUUGCCGAUGGUGUCGUACCCGGCGAAGGUACAUCAGCAUCCGAUGACAGUGCGGACGAAGAUGAUGACAAUAUAACUAAACCAAAGAAACUGUCGGCACGCGCUAAAGGCAAAAAAAACGCCAAGAAUAUGGUAUUGCCACCAUUUUCGAGCAUACCAACGUCAAUGAUGUUCCUUGAAAAGGAGAAUUCAUUCGAAACAAAGAUCGAAGAAGAUGAUCGACAAAUUGUACCGCCACCACCACCCGGAUCCCCUCCACCGCAUUUACCGCAACCAAAGCUUAAAGAUCCGGAUAAAUUUAUCGUGAAUCAAUUGCUUUACUUCCAUUAUAACUCGAGAAGUAACGAAAUGAUAAUAACGCCAGCGCCAACCAUCAUGCCAGUGAUGAAUACAAUGGCACCACCGCCAGUCAUUCAGCCAGCACUACCGCCGCCACCGCAGCCCAUUCAACAAAUUCAGCCACCGCCCGUGCAACCACCAUAUCCAUUCAAAGUGAAUAGCAGUCGGCAUCAUAGCGAUUCAAAAGUAUCAAAAUCAAGUCGAUCAUCAUCCAGCUCAAAGCACUAUCAUUCGUCACACAAGUCAAUGCACGCGAGCCACGAAACCAAUUUGAUCGUUUUAUCCGAUCAAACGUGAACGGACUUGAGAACACCAAUAAACGGAGUUUAUCGACUAUCAUUUUUAAUCCGACGAACAAAAUCCACGAACACACAAACAAAAACAUUUCAAACACGAAGUUCAAACGACAUUCACGAAACGGUUUAGAUUAGUGUCCGACAAAUUUAAGUUUGUAUUUUUUUUUUAGGUAUAACAAUUGAAUACGCGUUUAUUUGUGCGUAUAAGCGUUUUAUUUGUGAGCGACUCAUUCAAUGAAGAGAAGAGAAAAAAAAAACAAUAUCGAUCAUGACAUCAACAACAAAAACAACCAAUUGAUUUCAUGUGUUGAGACGAAAACUGAUUUGGUGUUUCAAAACCAAAGCCACUGGUAUUAAUGACAAUUGUAUUUUUUGUUUAAAUAACAAAAACAACUGAAAUUGAAUUCGAGUCAUCCGGAUUUGCCGGUAGUUCAAUUAACACAAAGGUGAAGAAGAAACAAGGGAAAAAAAAUCGCAAAACCAAUUCUUUGUCCAAAAUGUAUUUCGAAAGAAGAAUAAAGAAUCAUAGUUUAAUUUUAAACACUCGUAAACAUUGAA